AGCGCACAGACACGCACACGCACACGCGCACACACGGACACACACUCCGGGGACGCACACCCGCGCGCACACACGGAGAGGCAGCUCGCCUUCCUGCCUGGCUUCCUUCCUGUCCGCUCGGCGCCUGACAGGCCCCUCUCUGCAGCCAGGGGCCGCCCGCACCGGGUCGAGGCCGGGCCGAGGCCAGGCCGGGCCGGCUGCGAGGGCAGCGGGGGUCGCGGGCGGCGGCAGCGGCUCAUGCCCGGCCUGUCCCUGCSAGGGGCGGGCACCGUGACUCGGCUGGGCCCCCAGCGGCGGGCGAUGUGAAGAUGUCAGUGGGCUGUGCCUGUCCUGGUUGUUCCUCAAAGUCAUUCAAGCUGUACUCACCGAAGGAGCCCCCGAACGGCAACGCCUUCCCUCCCUUUCAUCCCGGCACCAUGCUGGAUCGGGAUGUGGGCCCAACUCCCAUGUACCCACCUACAUACCUGGAACCUGGGAUUGGGAGGCACACACCAUAUGGUAACCAAACUGACUACAGAAUAUUCGAGCUUAACAAACGGCUUCAGAACUGGACAGAGGAGUGCGACAAUCUCUGGUGGGAUGCUUUCACGACUGAGUUCUUUGAGGAUGAUGCCAUGUUGACCAUCACUUUCUGCCUGGAGGAUGGACCAAAGAGAUACACCAUUGGCCGGACCUUGAUCCCACGCUACUUCCGCAGCAUUUUUGAGGGGGGUGCUACGGAGCUGUAUUAUGUGCUUAAGCAUCCCAAGGAGGCAUUCCACAGCAACUUUGUGUCCCUCGACUGUGACCAGGGCAGCAUGGUGACCCAGCACGGCAAACCCAUGUUUACCCAGGUGUGUGUGGAGGGCCGGUUGUACCUGGAAUUCAUGUUUGAUGACAUGAUGCGGAUAAAGACGUGGCACUUCAGCAUUCGGCAGCACCGAGAGCUCAUCCCCCGGAGCAUCCUUGCCAUGCAUGCCCAGGACCCCCAGAUGUUGGAUCAGCUCUCUAAAAAUAUCACCCGGUGUGGAUUAUCCAAUUCUACUCUCAACUACCUCCGACUCUGUGUGAUACUUGAGCCCAUGCAGGAGCUCAUGUCCCGCCACAAGACCUACAGCCUCAGCCCCCGAGACUGCCUCAAGACCUGCCUUUUCCAGAAGUGGCAGCGCAUGGUAGCACCCCCCGCGGAGCCUGCACGGCAACAGCCCAGCAAACGGCGGAAACGGAAGAUGUCAGGGGGCAGCACCAUGAGUUCAGGGGGUGGCAACACUAACAACAGCAACAGUAAGAAGAAGAGCCCAGCCAGCACCUUCGCCCUCUCCAGCCAGGUACCUGAUCAUUUCUUGCAAGAAAUCUCCUUCCUUCAGAUGUUCCCUUCCUCCUGGUAUAUGCUGUCUAUGGAUGGGAGCCCAUCACAAGAAUCCAAUCCAACCUGCUAGGUGAGGUGGAAAUAGCCUGGACUACUGGGAAGGCUGGGAAGAUGGAGCUCUCUAGUGUCAUCCUGUCUUCUCCAAAAGCUAGGUUUUCCUUCUGGGCAUCAAAAACCCAUGCUGGGACCUUGUCCYGGCAGAUUGGGAGCAAAUAGUCAA